CACGCGCGCCGCGGAACUUCCUUGAUCAGCACAGUAUCUGCCCCGGGGCCGCGCGGAGCGUGCAGUCCCGUCCGUCCGUCCGUCCCGGGGGAGGUGUGGACGCAGCUCGAGCUUCUAACCUGAGCGGACCUCAGGCUUCCGACGGGGCCCCCAGACACGUGGGAAUGAAACAGAACAGAGACCCAAAGCAUCCCCCCUCUCAGAGGAACAGUUCACCUCGACAGCCGGGGAGAGAGCCCGGAUGCACAAGUUGGGGAAUGGCGGUCAAUGUGUAUUCUACCUCGAUAACCCAGGAGACGAUGAGCAGACAUGACAUCAUCGCAUGGGUUAAUGACAUCGUAUCUUUAAACUACACGAAAGUGGAACAGCUCUGCUCAGGCGCCGCCUACUGCCAGUUCAUGGACAUGCUCUUUCCCGGCUGCAUCAGUUUGAAGAAAGUAAAAUUCCAGGCGAAGUUGGAGCACGAGUACAUUCACAAUUUCAAACUCCUGCAGGCGUCCUUCAAGCGGAUGAAUGUGGAUAAGGUGAUUCCAGUGGAGAAGCUAGUGAAAGGGCGCUUCCAGGACAACCUGGACUUCAUCCAGUGGUUCAAGAAGUUCUAUGACGCGAACUACUACGGCAAGGAGUACGACCCCGUAGAAGCACGACAAGGGCAAGAUGCAAUUCCUCCCCCCGACCCUGGCGAACAGAUCUUCAACCUGCCAAAAAAGUCGCACCACGCCAACUCCCCCACCGCAGGUGCAGCUAAGUCCAGUCCAGCAUCUAAACCAGGCUCCACACCUUCUCGCCCCUCAUCAGCCAAAAGGGCUUCCUCCAGCGGCUCGGCAUCCAAAUCGGACAAAGAUUUGGAGACACAGGUCCUACAGCUUAAUGAACAGGUACACUCGCUGAAGCUGGCCCUGGAAGGUGUGGAGAAGGAGCGGGACUUCUACUUCGGGAAGCUGCGGGAGAUCGAGCUGCUCUGCCAGGAGCAGGGCCAGGAGAGCGACAGCCUCGUGCAGCGGCUGAUGGAGGUCCUCUACGCCUCCGAUGAGCACGUGAGUGGGGGGCGCUCGCUGGGGCUCACCAGACUCGGGGAGGACACCGCGCAGCCAGGGCCCCUGUGGUCCCCAGUGGGACAGACAGCGUGUCCUCAGACCAUGCCACGUGCUGUGGCAUUCCCACCCCCAGGCGGCCUGGGAGGAGGUGGGUGGGUGUGGGGUAGGGGAGUCGAGGGAGAUUUUGAUUGAGGAAAACAGGCCUGUUCAUGCAGCCACAUCUCCAGUGCCAGUCACUCGUCCGAGCCAGGCCAUGGGGGCCUCACCAGUG